AGGCUCGACGAUCGUUAACGCGUAGCUUUACGGCCAUUGUGUAAAAAGAAUCCACGACGCUCGGAUAGUGCACGCCGAGGACCGGACCAGCCGGACGCGUAGUUUUUCCUUUAAGAAUUUUCCUCUUGUGAUAUUUAGACUGUGCCAAGGUAGAAACGAGGGAACGAAUAAAAGAUGGAGGACGACCAGCAGUUCUGCCUAAGGUGGAACAAUCAUCAGAGCACGCUCAUACAAAACUUCGACACACUCCUAGAGAGCGGCACGUUGGUCGACUGCACCCUGGCAGCGGAGGGGAAGUAUCUAAAGGCCCACAAAGUGGUCCUCUCCGCGUGCAGUCCGUACUUUGAGGGCCUCCUCAGCGAACACUAUGACAAGCACCCUGUCUUUAUAUUAAAGGACGUUAAGUUUAAAGAACUGAAAGCCAUGAUGGACUACAUGUACAGGGGAGAAGUAAAUAUCUCCCAAGACCAAUUGGCAGCACUCCUAAAAGCCGCCGAGUCAUUGCAAAUAAAAGGUCUCUCGGAGAGUAAAACGGGCGGCAAUAACGGCAGCAAAACAGACUCAUCGAGGCAACAACAAAAAGUCGUAACACAGCCUACGGCACCGUCGUUGGACAUUCCACACGCGUCUUCCGGUCUCACAAUAGAAAAGAACAAUAAAGUUCCUAGGCAGAGUAUGGCACAGAGCUCCGUUGGUGACUUACCUGAAGACUCUGCAAGUCCCCAACAACUACCCAAGGGGCUCUCCUCCAGGGAAGGCUCGCAAAGUCCGACUUCAAGGAAAAGAAAAAGGUUCAGAAGAAGAAGCGUCGGCGAUGACAAUUCAAUCGAAAAUCAUGAUGCGUCGAAUUCGAGUGAUAUGCCACAACAAACGAGCAGCGUACCUUUAUUCGGUAUUACUCCAAUUGCUGAUGAAAAGACUCAUACCGAUCAGGCCGACCCUCUCGGCAGAUCGGCGCUUAUGCAACAGCUGACCAAACCCGCCGAAGAAACGUUACAAUUACCACUCGAAAAACCUGAGCCUACCGAAAGCUUGAUCGAGCCAAAGUCCGAGUACCUGGAGGAUAAAGAGGAGAGCGUCGAAGACUUGACGUUCGAUGAUGACAUGAACGACCUCAACGAAAUGGAACAAGACAACAACAGAGCCGGCCCGUCCCACGAUCCCUCUCAGCAUCCCGGUCUCGCAGCGUGGCACGUUACCGGAGACCGAAGUAACGCUGGCGGCGUUGGGUCGGUCGCUGGCGCUCCGGGAGCCACGGAUGAGGUGUUUCUUGCUGCCCAGGAGGCCGCUCAGGCCCAUCGCGACUCUCAAGGGAUGGGAGCUCUUUUGUCAUUAUUGCGAUCUGACUACAAGAAUUCCGGAACGAAAAAGAGCCGGUCGAUAAGCGGUGACGCUCCAAGCACGGGAGGACGAGAUUGUCGAUCCGCCGAUGGGAGUAGCAAUUACAGCGAAUCUGGCGAACGUUCGUCGCGCGAAGUUAUUUUUCCGGAUUCGUUCGAAGUUCUUCCACAGCCCCGUGACCUGAGUGUCGUUUACAUGGGUGUGCCCCACGAACAACAAAGAAAAUUCCGUUGUCGUUUCUGCGGAAAAGGCUACCGAUGGAAGAGCACGAUGCGUCGUCACGAGAUGGUCGAAUGCGGUGGUAAACCUCCGGCUUUUCAAUGUCCUGAAUGCCCGUACAAAGCGCGCCAACGAGGCAACUUGACCGUUCAUUAUAAACGACACCAUCAAAAAUUGGGCUACGAUGAAGCUGCGAUAGCUUCACAACUCUCCAGAGAAUAACCAUUCCCCGCGAAUCUCGGGCACCGAUGACAAUCUCAGCCAAAAACGCUAUUAUAGAUGCUGUUCGAACGAAUAGAUUGAAACAAAGAAAAAAAAAACAACAACAACUCGAGGUAACAGAUUCACUUCGAGCAGAAAGAGAACCUUUAAAAGUGUUUAGUUAUCCCAUUACGAAUACGGACAAAUUACGAAAGAGUAAUUAUGCGACUCGUCCGUAUUUUUUUACCGUAUUCGUUACGUGAAGAAAUCAUUCGAACAUAUGAUUUUUCAUUGGGAUUCAUUGAUAUUAGUCAGCGAAACAAAUAAACGAUUCGAUCAAAUCGUUCCGAAAUCCCCACGCAUUGUUGGUUCGCUGAAGGGGGGGUCGCUAUUUAUUGUCAUAUUUCGUUCGAACAGUGCCCAUUUGCAAUCUCCUUCCGACGGUUUACUUAACGUACCUACCUCAUUGUUGUUUCUUUAUUAUUAUUCAGAAGCGUGGGUGAAAAUUUAUCUUGUUCCCGUCUACGGAACGAUAAAGAACUUGAUUUUUUUUAAAGGGAGUGAAAUUGUUGACAACGUUGUCGAGAUUUGAGCGUAGUAGAAUAAAAGACGGAACAUUUUCGGUGGAGAUCGGCGGUGCCCGGGCUCUGAAAGCCCUAAGGAAUUUAAUUAUACAUAUUUUCCUUUCUGCUGAAGUCACAUUCAUUCGCGGUUUUUUCACUGACACAACAUUUCCAGAUAAACGAUUAAAAAUAUACUUAGGCGUGUUUCAUUUGUGUCAAUAGUAUAAAUACAUUAAUAUCUGACGAAAUCGUCGACCAAUGUAAUGGACAAACGUUACCGUCCUUAAUCACAAUAACUAGUUAACCGAUUUUUUUUUUUUCCCCAUCAUUUUCUUUCCUACUCUAAGUCUAAUUUAUGCAACUUUCCCGCUCUAUUUUUUCACCGCGGAUACUUGACUGUUUUUACGAAAAAUUUUGCUCAUACUUUGCUAAAAAUGAGGAAGAAAAGAAUAAUGAAAAAUGAGAAAAAAGUUAAAAAAAAAAAGAAAACACAAACGAACGGUUGGAGGAUUGUACAUAAUAAUUCCAAGAGGUGCCCCGGCCACAAGUGCCUAUCUAAUGUACUUUAUCAUUCCAGUAUUUUUUAUACUACACACACGCACACACACGCGCGCGCGCGCGCGUGCUCAAUAUAUCUUUGCAUUUGUGUGUGCGCGCGUGUGUGUGACGUACGUGUGUGCGUGUGCGUGUGUGUGUGCGUGUUUGUGACGAAGAAAAAAGGAAUAAAAGAAAAACUUGAUCUCGAUUAAUUACGUCUCGAUCGAUGUAAAACACGAAUGCGAAAAGAAAGUAAAAGAAGAAGUGUAUUUGAGUGCAGUUGACGCCAAGGAAAUACAAGCCACUAUGUGCUUACGGCA